AUGUUUGGGUGUAUCAGUUGUGACGGCAGCUUCGUCCCCCUCAACUCGGUCUGGGAAGAUACACUUGGAUUCACCGAGUUGGAACUCCAAAAUCAGCAAUGGUGGAUGUUUGUUCAUCCAGAUGACAGACAGCAAACGCUCGACAGAGUUGAGAAGGUUGAAACAGGCGAACGCGACAGUGUUAUCUUUGAAAACCGCUUUCAGUGCAAAGAUGCAGCCUACAAGUGGUUAAGGUGGCGCGUAACAAAAGCUCCCGAAAAACAACUCUGUUACCUCGUUGCAACGGACAUUAGCCAGCAAAAGCGAUUGGAAGCGAGAUUGAAAGAGAGCGAAACUCGCUUCCAGCAAUUGGCGGUCAAACAUGUCCAAGAGGGGGAUCUGUUACAUACGCUGAUGGAAAAUACCCCGGACCAUAUCUACUUUAAAGACACGGAGAGUCGGUUCAUCCGAAUUAACCGUUCUUUGGCAGACCAGUUUGGUUUAGAUAAUCCAGCAGAUGCGGUCCAUAAAACAGAUUUUGAUUUCUUUACGCGUGAACAUGCGCAACAAGCAUACCAAGACGAGCAAAACGUUAUUGAGUCCGGGAAACCGAUCGAAGGAAAACAGGAAAAAGAGACAUGGCCCGCUAAUGAACAAGAUACGUGGGUAUCAACGACGAAAGUGCCGAUUCUCGAUAGAGAUGGACGUAUUAAAGGAACAUGUGGCAUUUCACGAGACAUAACCGAAUACUAUCGCGCACAACAGGCAGUUCGUGAUUCUGAAGUGAACUGGCGUUCUCUUGUUGAAAGUGUACCGGAUAUUAUCUCAACGAUCGACCUUGAUUAUCGUCUUCAAUUUGUCAACCGACUGCCGCCUACCCUCGAAUUAAAACCUGAAGAUCUCGUUGGAAAAAGCGUUUUUGAUUUCCUCACUGAAGAACAUCACGAGCGGUUUAAAGAGGCCUGCGCGAAGGUAAUCGAAACCGGUGAACUUGCUACUUAUGAAAUUCAGGGAUUGAUAAGUGGAUAUUGGUAUGCUUCCUGCAUCGGUCCGAUUCAGCAGGACGGAGAACUCGUUGGAUUCGUGAUGGCAUCAACGAAUAUCACAGAUCGAAAGCAAGCAGAAAUUGAGGUACAGCAUAGUGAAGAACGUUUUCGUCGAGCAGUUCUGAACGCGCCACUGCCUAUCAUGAUUCAUGCCGAGGAUGGAGAAGUCCUGCAAAUUAGCCGGGCAUGGACGGAAUUAACAGGGUACACACUCGAAGAUAUACCUACAAUCUCAAAAUGGUUAGAGCAGGCGGAUAGCCAGGAAGCUGAGGAAAUUAAAGCACAUCUUGCACAGUUGUACCGUUCCACAGAACGCGUGGCAGAGGGUGAGUAUGUAAUUAUUACCCAGUCCGGUGAAAGGCAGAUUUGGGAGUUUAGUUCGUCGUUGCUUGGAGCACUUCCGGAUAAAAGACAUCUUGGCAUUAGUAUGGCACUGAAUAUUACAGAGCGGAUAAAAACCCAAAAAGUGAUGCAACAAGCCAAGGAGACUGCCGAAUACGCGAGUCGCGCGAAGAGUGAUUUCCUCGCAAACAUGAGCCAUGAAUUGCGUACACCGUUGAAUGCGAUUAUCGGUUUCGCUGAGAUCCUGCGAGAUGAACUUGUCGGAAGUAUCAACGCCGAGCAGAAGGAAUGCGUCAAUGAUAUUCAUAUUAGUGGUCAACAUCUGCUGGAGAUGAUUAACGACAUUCUCGAUCUUUCAAAAAUUGAAGCCGGGAAAAUGGUGCUGCAAUUGGAGACAUUUUCUAUUGUGGAAGCCGUUGAAGAGGUGAACGCGAUUAUUAAUGCGCUCGCUGUAAAGAAGAAUUUGGACCUCACCUUUGACCUAUAA